UCCACCAUCGUCAAAGCUUCACAUUAUUUCCUUGCUGAUGAUGCUGUUAAUGGUGACCACCAUGAUGAACAACAAUGUGAGUGGCCAAGCAACAUGGUGUGUAGCUAGAAGUGAUGCAUCCAACCAGGCCCUGCAAACUGCACUGGACUAUGCAUGUGGUUCCGGUGCAGAUUGCUUUCCUCUUCAAGCCAAUGGCCUUUGCUUCCUUCCUAACACUAUCCAAGCCCAUGCUUCUUACGCCUUCAACAGUUACUACCAGCGAAGGGGAAGAGCUCCUGGUUCCUGUGAUUUUGCUGGCACUGCCACCAUUGCUCAAAGCGAUCCCAGCUAUGGAUCUUGCGUGUACCCAUCUUCUGGAAGCACUGCUGGAGGGGGAAAUACACCAAGCACAACACCUGCAUUCAACAACCCGAACGUGCCGUCUCCUACAACAACAACACCAAUAUACGGCGGGGGCAACACCGGUGGGCUAACGCCGGGAAUGAACACGCCGUUCCCCGACAAUUCUAGGGCAGCAUCAGAGGCAACAGCCACAUGGUUUGUAGGGUUGUUUUCCUCCCUUCUCAUUCUAGCCAUAUGCAUAUGAUGAUGAUCUUUGGUGAGAAUAGGAAGGUUACAGUUUUGUCAGGGGUUAAAAAGGGGAGCCUUUUGAUGUUUAUAACCUUGCUUUAAUGCAAUUUCAUAUUUUAAACAUCCUUUGUAUAAGGUUAUAAACAUUGCUGGAUGGGGGCAUUGUUAUCCACCAGGGAAGGAAGG